CAGUAUGCUGAUUUUUCUCUUUAAAGCUUGUAUCUGUGUCCCAGGAAAUGUUCUCCUCCUUGUAAACUAUUAUGCUGUCUUAAUUUACAUCCUUCUCUGUACUCUUGUCUCUUUUGCAAUGUCCACAGAUGCAGACAUGUAAGAAGAUUUGCCUUGUCUUAUGUUUCCUCAGAUGUUUCAGAAAACAAAACUCUCUUCUAUUUUGAGGACACCCACUAGUAGUUCUUUUGAAUUCUCUGUUUAUAGUUUUACAGUGUCUUCCAAAUAUAAUUCUUUCACUGCAGCCACUCCAGUCCCAGAGGGAAAAGUGGUGGUUCUUUCCUUUCGGUAUUUAGACCUGGAAAGCGACAAUCUGUGCCGGUAUGAUUUUGUGGAUAUAUACAGUGGCCACGCCAAUGGACAGCGCAUCGGCAGGUUCUGUGGCACUGUGAAACCAGGUGCCCUGGUAUCCAGCAGCAAUAAAAUGUUGGUGCAGAUGACUUCAGAUGCUAAUACUGCUGGAAGUGGAUUCAUUGCAAAGUUUUCUGCAGCAGAACCACACGAAAGAGGGGACCAGUACUGCGGGGGACGCCUGGAGAAGCCGUCGGGCUCCUUCCACACGCCCAACUGGCCAGAGCGGGACUACCCCGCGGGAGUCACCUGCUCCUGGCACAUCGUGGCCCCGAAGAACCAGCUAAUAGAGUUAAAGUUUGAGAAGUUUGAUGUGGAGAGAGACAACUACUGCAGAUAUGACUACGUGGCAGUGUUUAAUGGUGGGGAAAUCAAUGAUGCUAAAAGAAUUGGGAAGUACUGUGGAGACAGUCCACCAGCGCCUAUUCUGUCUGAGAAAAAUGAAUUGCUCGUUCAGUUUUUAUCUGAUUUAAGCUUAACAGCUGAUGGUUUUAUUGGCCAUUAUAAAUUUAGACCAAAAAAGUUACCCACAACUACAGCUCUGCCUACAACCACAACAGUCCCUGCUACUUCAACUGUGAAACCUACAGUUGCCCUCUGCCAGCAGAAGUGUAAAAGGAGUGGGACUCUGGAAAGCAAUUAUUGUUCAAGCAAUUUUGUAAUAACUGGAACUGUAAUCACAACAGUAACACGGGCUGGCAGUCUGCAUGCAACAAUAUCCAUCAUUAAUGUAUAUAAGGAGGGAAAUUUAGCAAUCCAACAAGCUGGCAAGAAUAUGAGUGCCAAGAUUCUUGUUAUGUGUAAGCAGUGUCCUCUCAUCAGGAGAGGUUUAAACUACAUCAUCAUGGGCCAGGUAGAAGAAGAUGGUAGAGGCAAAGUCUUUCCCAACAGCUUUGUCAUGAGUUUUAAGACUAAGAACUCAAAGAUCCUAAAUGCCUUGAAAAACAAAACAUGUCAAAAUUGAACUCUGCAGCUGUGUUCUAUCAUCUGUCUUGAAAAAUCAUUUUACCUUAGCGUAAGUCAUGGAACUACAACUGACUGCCAACAGUAUGACCAUGCUGACCCUUCCUUCCCUCCUGUCCACAUAAGCACACCUGGCACAAAGUGGAAUCCAUUACAUGUACAAGAUGACAACAGACCCUCCCUAAGGCUGACAGCCGAAGAUUUGCAGCACAGCCACCUGAUCUCAAACAUACUAAUUCCAAGUACUUGGAAGAUGUUAAUUUAUAACUGUCCAAUUUUUUUAAGGAGUUUUGUACGUAAAAUAAGAAUUCUAAGUGCAAUAUUUAUAGCAACUCAGUUCAACUUAGCUUUUUCUCUAAAGUUGUUUUAUUACAUGGAUUUCUGCAUUAUUAUCAGUGCUUAAUAAAAUAUUUUAAGAUUAA